AUGAUGCCUCAUGUGCAGCACUUGCCAGGUGCACACAGUAAAAACCUUUUCUUGAAAGACAAGAAGAAGAAAGGGCUCUGGCUGGUGACGGUUCUCCACGAUAGGCAGGUCAACCUCAACGAUCUGGCGAAGAAGCUGAACGUUGGCAGCGGGAAUCUCCGCUUUGCAGAUGAAGCUUCCAUGAUUGAGAAACUGAAAGUAGGCCAAGGCUGUGCCACUCCGCUUUCCCUCUUCUGUGAUGUCAAAGGAGAUGUCAAGUUUGUCCUGGAUUCCAAAUUUUUAGAAAGUGGUCACGAGAGAGUUUACUUCCAUCCUAUGACCAACUCGGCGACCAUGGGCAUCACCCCUGAUGAAUUUAUGACCUUCUUGAAAAAGACUGGACAUGAUCCUAUCGUAAUACAGUUUGAGGACUAG